AUGGUGUCCAUCGGCAGUGGCCAUGAUGUGGUCAUCGCAUCUGACUCCAAAAUCGCUGUCUUCCACUUCGGACCGCUGUUGGACUGUCUUCGCACGACCCCGCGCGGCCACCUUCAAUCCCUGACUCUGGCCGCCGUGGAUGUGCCAAUCUCCCAGCUCCGGUCCAGCCUCGGCAGUCACCGGGAGAGCAUCCACCACCUGGUGGAGUUGCGCGGCGUGGCGCCCGGCACUCCGGCGGUCCCCUACUCCCGGAGCGCCACCACUGCCAGCCUCUUUGCCUCGGCGUCCGAUGAUGGGCUCGUGCUGGUCUGGUGCGCGGAGUCUCUGCAGGCGGUGUACUGCCUGUUUGACCCGGCCGGGUCGUUGCCCGGCAGCCCGUGGCGGCCGCCGACCAUCGGCGACAUCCGCCCCGUGGACGACCGCUUCUUCCUGGUGGCUGUCGACCGUGGGAUCGCCCUCUGCGACACAAGCACCGGGCAGUGCCUCUUUUCUCUGCCAGAUGCCCAUGAAACCUGCGUGCGGCAGAUCGCCCUGCUGUAUGGCGGCGCGCGGAUCCUCACCAUCGGCGAUGAUUCCAGCAUCCGGAUAUGGUCCCCCUCCCCGGGCCUGGCUCAUACACACUUCAUGGUCGCAUCGGCGGCCGAGGCCAUCCUGGGCAUGGGUGCAUUCGGGGCGCCGGUGAGCGGCGUCGGCAACGCCGCCCCGGGCUUCGGGGACACCCUGUCGGCCUUCGCCGACGCCGGCGGAUCCGGGCUGCCCCUCCCGCGAUCCGGGUCCAGCAUGGCGCUGGCCACCGGCCGGCCCGGGUCCGGUCGCCCGCCCCUGGUCCCCGGCCAUGGGCCCGGCCCGGCCGGCGGCCACUCUUCGGCCACCAUCCCCGGGCCGGGGUACGACAAGCGCCGGGCCAUGUCCCUGCGGUCGUUCUCGCACACCGACGACCCGGACUCCCUGCUGCAGACCCCCUUCUCGUCGGGGUCCAACUCGCCGGCGCCCUCGCGCGGCGGCCCUGCCGGGUCGACCCCCAGCGAGCCUGAGCCCGUGGGCCAUGUGAACCCCCUCGAUGUGGGGGGCCCCUCGCGCCCGGGCUCCGGGACUUCCUUCCUGCCACCUGACGGGGGGAUGGCGGCCUCCGGGCUCGGUGGCUCGGUGUCUUCCGGGGACCUGUUGGGCGGCCCGCGGCCGCCCCCCUCGCCCAACCCCGGUGGCCGGCCCUUUUCCCGCACCGGCUCCCUCUCGGGGCGAGCCCUGUCGCGGCACCCGUCGGCCGGGGCCAUGGGCGGCCCGGCGGCCGGGCCGGUUUCGCGGCCCAGCUCGCCGGCCAGCACCGGGGCCUCGUCCUUCCCGCCGCCGCCGCCGCCGCCGCCGCCGCCCAUGGUACCGGCCGGGGUCGAUGUGGCCGAGACCCUCUCGCGCCCAAGCAACAAACGCCUGCUAUCUCUGCUACUCUCCUAUGACACGUGUCAGCUGCUAUCCGCGCCGCCGGUCGGCAUCGAGGCCUUCCUGACGCCGCGUCAGCGUAUCGACGCGGUCCUCGGGCCGGAUGCCUUCAUUCCCCGGUCGCCGCCGGCCUUCCCAAUCGACACCCAUGCAUCCACCGAGUGCCUGUCGGAUUCCCUCUUUUCCUCGCGCGUGCGCAGCGCCUCACUUACCGGGCACCAUCGCAUGCCGCCUGCUCCGGCCCAUGUGACGGAGGCCGGCCUGCCGGGCCAGCCCCACCCGGCUGGUGCUUCGGCGGCGGCGGCGGCGGCGGCGGCGGCGUCAGGGCCGGCAGUGGCCGGCCCCUUCGGCGGCUGGGUCUUCACUUCCUCCUCGUCGUCCUCCGCCUCGUCGCCGUUGUCCGCGGCCCCGACGAACGGCCCCGGCGGUGCCGACGCCGCCGGACUCCGCCAACGAUCGAGCUCGGUCCAUGUGGGCGCCAGCAAUGUCCCACCCCCGGCAAGUGCCUCGGCCUCGGCCCGGUCUUCACGCGUGUCCUCGCCGGUUUCCCUCUUCCCCGGGGGGGCCGACACAUCGGAGCCCAGUCCGUCGAGCGACUUUGUGAUUCUCUCGUCGGUGCUACAGCACCAUGCGUCGGCAGACCCGGCAGUCGUGGCGGCGGCUGCCUCCAGUUUCGGUGCCAGCGCCGGGGGCGGCGGGGACAGUGGCAGCCCCAUCGGCACCGGCACCGGCACCGGCACUGGCACCGGCACCGGCGCCGGCACCGGCCCUGCGAGGAGCGUGUCCGGGGCCAGCCUCAGCGGGUCUGCCUCCCUGGGGUUCGGUGGUGGCGGCCCUUCCUCGGUGAGUUUGUCCAUCCACCACCCGGCAAUGGUGGCACUGCUGGGAAGCCCGGUCUUCGCGGCAGCCAGCCAUGCCCUGGACGCCCUGCAGACAUCGGUCUUCGCGUCGCCGCCGCCGCACCUGUCAACGGCUUACUGCGCGGUGGAGCCGGCGCUGCCCGGUGCCCGGGGUGCCUCUGCCUCCUCCCGCACGUCGUCCCUCUCUUCGCUGUCCUCUUCGUCCUCGUCGUCCUCCUUCCCGGAGGAUGCUCCAGGGAGGGGCAGCUCAUCGGGGUCCAGGCGCCCGAGCACCGGUGGCGGCGGUGUUGGCAGCAACAGCAACAGCAACAGCGGCGGCGGCGGCGGCGGCGGCGGCGGAGGUCUCCUGGCCACACCCUUCACCGGGGCGGCCCUCUCGCCGGGGUCCAUGCCGCAGCCGGCGCACCAUCAUGUUGCCACCCUGUCGGUCGCCGCCGGUCCGGCGACGCCACCACCGCCGGGGGGGUUCUCCCUGACGGCGGUCACGGCCACGGCCGCGGCCACGCGCCUGCAGGGGCUCACCCUGUCGCCGACCAGCUCCUCCAGCGAGCUGCCUGACAUUGGCUCGCCGCUGGAGACGCACAGCACGGACGUGCGCAUCGCCGUGUCCCUGCACGACAUGGCUCCCGUGCCGGCCCUGCUGUCGACCCUGGCAGCGCACAACAAGUCGGUCACCGCCCUGCUGCCCUUCGGUGAUGUGGCUCUCCUGUCGUGUGGGCUGGAUGCGGCGGUGUGCCUCUGGCGCGACGAAUACUCCGUCCGGAGCCGCGACUGCCAGGACUACCGGGCCCUGCUCCAGCAGCAGCGGCAGCAGCAGCGGCAGCACCAGCGGCAGCAGCAGCACCACCACCAGCAGCAGCGGCAACAGCACCAGCGCACGGUGGUAUCGCCGCCACUGCGCGCCCACUCCGCCGCGGGCCGAUCGUAG